AUGAAUAACAGCACUUCCCUUCCUUCUCAACAGUAUUACUCUCAAGAAGUUUCAGAACUGUCAAUGGAUAACUCUCAGCAACAACACGUUCCUUCAACACAAUCUCAACACUUGGAUUCUACGAACUUUGCUAAUCAGUUGAUAAAGAUCGAGCACGAAUCUCAAACUGGUGAUGCCUCUGCAGCAACAAAGGAAGCUGAUACAAAGAAAAAGAGAGCUGGUCCUAAAAGAAGAAAAGUUACCCACGGUCGCCCUUGCCAACGUUGCAUAAAGAGAAGCAUAGGGCAUCUUUGUCACGAUGAACCAAAAGGUUCUCACGGUCCUCAACAAAUGGGUGGCGGAAAUAAUACUGUGCCAGCUAAUCUUAUAACCAUGCAACCUGUUCCUCAAGUUUUGAGAACAAAUACUUAUCCAAGUUUUCAAGAUUUCUCACAAAUUACGUGUACACCGUUACCUACUCCUCUUACUUUUGCCAGCGAACAUACGGGUCAUGAAUUCACCGUGCUUACUAAUUUUCUGGAGAGUGUUGAUGGUAGUCAACAGAGUCGUCACAAUAAUGACGGUCCUUCGGCAGAUAACACCGACAAGUUUCUUUUAACCGCGGCUGAUCCAUCGGAUGGCACGUCCGAAGACCGAUUAACGCAAGUGAUUAACGCGAAGUUCGAGGCUGGAUUCUUGAAACCAUAUAAUUAUGUCAAUGGCUACGCCCGUUUACAACAAUAUAUGGAAAAUCAUAUGUCAAAUCUAAGUAGACAGCGAAUUUUGAGUUCACUUGGUACUUUCCGUCCUUCUUUCCGUAACGUUGCACAAUCAUUAACGGAUAUUGAUCUAGUUAUGGUUGAAGGAGCAUUUGAACGCCUUUUAUUGGAUUAUGAUAGGGUAUUUAGCUCUAUGGGUAUUCCGGCAUGCUUAUGGCGCAGAACAGGAGAGAUAUAUAAAGGAAACAAAGAAUUCGCUUCUCUUGUGGGUGUUUCAGUAGACUCGUUAAAGGAUGGACACUUGUGUAUAUACGAGCUGAUGAUGGAAGAAUCAGCUGUAAAUUAUUGGGAGAAAUAUGGAAAUAUAGCUUUUGAUGCAGGUCAAAAGGCUGUAUUAACAUCAUGCUUGUUAAAGGGACCAGAACAAGAUAUUCAAAAUUCCGCAAUUAUUGGAAAUUUUCUUCCGAUUCGACUCGCUGCGUAA